AUGUCGAUGCACAAGGAUAGAUUUGAGGCUAUUAGAGAUGGCAGGGAUAUUGACAAUCCUGUCAUUUCUAAUGUGCUGGGAAGUGCCAACCCUUCAACCACCUUGAAAUCCCUCCACCUCCAAUCCAACCAAAGGAUUUCAACUAAAUUUCUAACUUGCCCUUCAAAUUUAAUAGCCUGGUCUAUUAACGGGGAGUAUCUAUUUAUUGCCAAUGAAUCCUCUAUUGAUAUCUUUAACCACUCCACUUUAAUCCAUUCCAUCAACAACGCACACAACUCAAAGAUCACCUCCAUUCAAACACUCCACUACGAUCCACACAAGAUUAUCACCGCUGGCUUAGACGGUGCUAUCAUCCUCUGGGAUAUCCUUGAAUCCACUCCCAUCAAGCACAUCACCUACCACUCCCCAAUCACUCACCUACUCGUCCACCAGAAUUCCUCCGGCAGACGCCAAUCUACCAUAUUUAUCACCCUAAACAAGCUGGCUGCCAGGUCCAAGGCCGCCGACGGCUCUGAUCGUCCCCCUGUCAUCAAUUCCAUCUACUACAAGCUCAUUUGGCCCCACUCGGCUUCUUCCAACUCUAAACUCCAUUCCACUCUCCUCGGCCAAUCCCGCCCUCCUACUUCCAUCUCAGUCGAUGACAACCUCCUCAUCGCCCAGUGCGCCAGGAAGACCAAUGUCUCACACCACAACGUGCAUUCCUCCCACAGGAACGCUUUUGUUAAAUUUAUAAGUGGUGAAAAGCACAAUUUGUGUACUGUCGAUCCUUUGAAGCAGUUUUUUGUCACCUCGGAAGCAAAUUCCGGUAAAAUUCACCUCUGGCCCUACAACAAGCUAGAUGAGAUGAAGGCGAUGAAACCACAGACGGCGCCAGACUGGCACGGAGGGUACCAGAACAACUGUCCGACCGAGAUUCUUCACUGGCACGCCAACGCUGUCCGAGCGCUUACAUUCACCCCUCAAGGCUCUUUCCUCCUCUCUGGCGGUGAAGAGGGAGUACUGGUUCGCUGGCACAUCCGUCAGCAAGGGGGGAGGUUAACGAAGCGCGACUAUCUCCCUCGUCUUGGCGCUCCUAUCGUCUCCAUCACCUGCCACGACGAAUCGCGCUGGGUGGUCGGGCUCGCUGAUUCCACCAAGCUCUUCGUUGACGGUGCGCAAUGGCGCGUAGAGCAUGCUAUACGUGGCGUACUUGUACCAAAUGUGGACACAAGCUCUGAUACUCCCCUUACCGUCACUCCCUCUCCUCACAACGUCAUCCUCCCCUCCUCGAACCCCGCCGUGCUGCAGGUGUACGAUAUGGCGUCGAAUAGCACAAACGAGCUUGAGGUCUCCCCUACUAAUAGGAUUCAGGGUAGAUAUGCUGAUGGUGAUGCUCCGCGCGUUCUCCAGGCCAUUACUGCGAGUGGGUGGCUCGCGACGCGCGAUGAAGCUGCCGUUAAAAUUUGGCAAGUCGUUGAUGGACGUUACACGCUCAACACUCGCAUUGAUAAGCCGCACGGGGGCUAUGCUGUGACUGGAAUUGCCUGGAGUGGGAGUGGGAGUGGGAGCGUCAGUGAAAGUAACACCAACACACCACCCACCCUCGCCACCGUCGGCACCGACCGUAAAUGUCGUCUAUGGCUUGCCGAGCCGCUCGAGCAUCGUCCGCGAGCUUUGGGAAAGAUCAAGAGUGUAAUCCGGGAAGGCCAAGUCUCAUACUCUCUUUUCGCCACUGUGCACUACAAAGAUGAAUGUAUCAAACAGAUACUCUUCUCACCCGACAGCUCACUCAUGGUGCUCGUCCAUGAAGGAGCUCUAUCGCUGUGGGAUCCUACAGCCGUGCAUAGUGGUCGUAAUGCCCCGUCUUUCCUUAAAGUACUCCCAGGUGAAGGCCUCGCACUUGACGAGGCUGUCUUUGCAGGUGCUAGCCAUAUCGCUGUGCGCGCUACGGCUGGUAAGAGAGAUGCCAGUCAUGGUAUCUACUCCCACUCAUUCGUCUACUCCACUCCGCAAAUACUCGCUCAUCCUUCCCUCCCCGCCUUCGCUGUUAUGUCAGGUGCUACACGCCCACGCAUGCAUAGCGAGCACGAUUCUGCGGCACUCGAGCGCGAGAAAGUGAUCAGUAGAAGUGCAGUAUGUACGCAAAUGACGACGUUUAGUGUGGGCGUCGGUGAGGGUGUUGUUAAACGACACGUUGCAGAAUUCGAUAACACCUACUUUAAGUAUGCCGUCUUGCCUGAAGAGGUGGUGAGCAAUUUGACCAACAACCACAACACUGACAAAGACACCAACACACACACACACUCACCAGCAUUCAACCUCAUCGGCCUCGCUACCACUCACGACCAGGGCACGCGCGGUGAGCGCGACUCCUCCACACCGGCGCUGGGUAGUAGGGGAGCAGUGCUGAUUGGUGCGGAUGCAGCCAAGAUGGAUCUGCGUAGGGGAGAUGGUGGAUCUAAAGACAAGAAAAAGACACCAACGAGCAGCAUGUUCGAAGAAAUCUUUGGCCGUUUCGAUGAACAUGUCUUGCAGGCUGAGAAGAGGGCAGCGGGUGAAUCUGACGCUGACACACACGCAAAUACCUUGGUCAGCUCCUCUAACACCCCCUCUAACUCAGUCAAACACCUCUUUGACGGCCCUGCUCACCUCCUUCCUGGACCGCAGAUGAUGUAUGGAGACUUUUUGAGCACGUGCCUGCCCAAACGUGCGCGGGACGGCGGCGACAGCGAUACUGCCACAUCCACCUCUGUACUGUGGGAUGCGCAUGGGAUGGACAGUGAAAGCAAAGAGGGAGUUGAUGUGGAUAUGCACACGGGUAAUCAAGCUACCAACACUCAUCCACCACCUUCCAACCGCCAGAUCGGAAGCGCGGAGGUAAAAGCGAUGAGUGAAAUGUUCAAGGAGGUUGUAUAG